GUGACUCUAGAAUCUUUAUUUGCAGAGGAGCGCUUGUCCCGUUAUUCUCUGCAGUUAUUUUUUCCUCAAUAAUUAUUUUGUGUUCUUCGAAGAGACAAAUUACUAAUUUCGGCGAAACAGGCAAAGCCCCGUGUGGCAUUGCCUGCCAGUCUGUAGAAAUGUCAUAAAAAUGGUGUAAAAGGAAGAAGCGAGUUUUCCAGUCGGUGGGCGAUUUUUUUCUCCAUCAUUAAUAAUAAUCACCGGGAGGAAUUUCUCUGUUUUAUCAAACGCAAGUAUGUCAGGAAAACACUUCAACGUGCACGAAGUGGGCUGUUGCAUCAAAUACUUCAUAUUUGGAUUUAAUAUUAUAUUUUGGCUACUCGGGGUGGCUUUCCUGUCUGUGGCUCUUUGGGCCUGGAGUGAGAAGGGGGUUCUCUCGAACAUCUCCUCCAUCACAGAUCUGGGCGGGUUUGACCCAGUGUGGCUAUUUCUUGUGGUGGGUGGGGUGAUGUUCGUGCUGGGCUUCGCGGGAUGCAUCGGUGCUCUGAGGGAAAACUCCUUCUUACUUAAGUUUUUUUCCGUUUUUCUGGGAAUCAUAUUUUUCCUGGAGUUGACAGCGGGAGUCUUGGCAUUUGUCUUUAAGGACUGGAUUAAAGACCAGCUCAAGUUCUUCAUCAACAACAACAUUAGAGCCUACAGAGAUGACAUUGACCUACAGAAUCUCAUUGAUUUCACACAAGAUUAUUGGGAGUGUUGUGGAGCUUUUGGGCCUGAAGACUGGAAUCUGAAUAUUUACUUUAAUUGUACUGAUACUAAUCUGAGCAGAGAGAAAUGUGGGGUUCCCUUUUCCUGCUGCACCAAAGACCCUGCUGAGGAUGUGAUAAACACACAGUGUGGAUAUGACAUUCGAGCGAAAGGUGACAUCGAACAGAAGAUGUCUAUACACACGAAAGGAUGUGUACCACAGUUUGAGAAAUGGUUACAGGAAAAUUUAACCGUAGUUGCCGGAAUCUUCAUAGGAAUUGCACUUCUUCAGAUAUUUGGGAUCUGCCUGGCACAGAAUCUUCUGAGUGACAUUGAGGCGGUCAGGGAGAGCUGUUUGUUCACCUGAAGCACUCAAGCCAUUCUGCAGACAGAUCCUCCAUCUCUCUGUCACUCAGCAUCAGGGUUGGCACAUUGUCAUCACAGUAUCCUAGCAACCAGUGAGGGAUUCCAUUCACAUACCUUUAUUACAGUGUACAGCGACAUCUUCAUGUUUCCAUGAUAAUGGUGUCCAAUGGUAGAUUUGGUUUUAAUCCUUCAAGUGCAAAAUUCACCAGUAUUCACACACUAAGCCUUCACACAACUCAUUUGUCAUCUUUAAGCCUUUAAGAAACACUUAAAGGAUAAGUUCACCCAUAACUGAAAAUUUGCUGAAAAUGUACUUACUGUCAGGUCAUAGAUGGUUUGGUUCUUCAACAGAACAGGUUUGGAGAAAUGUAUCCUUUGCAGUGAAUGGGUGCUGUCAAAAUGAGAGGCCAAAAAGCGAAUUAAAAAAUAUCAGAUUAAUCCAUGUGUAAUCCACAUGACUCCAGUUCAUAAAUUAACAUCUCAUGAAAAGCUGUGUGUUUGUAAGAAAAAAAAAUCAAUCAUUAAGGCAAUUUAACGUUAAUUUAAUUUUAAACCCUCGCUUCUGGACAAAAUACAAGUCCCUCAUCGAUAAUAACACUUCACAAAACCUUAAAGGGGUCAUCGGGUGCAAACUUCACUUUUACAUGUUGUUUGAACAUUAAUGUGUGUUGGUAGUGUAUGUACAAAUCUAUCCUAUAAUGAUAAAAAUCCAUGCAGUGGUUUUUAAUUAAUCUGUAAAAAUAAUAUCCCCUUUUUCAAAUCGAGCCAUUCUUAGAUGACUAUCGGUGUGGCGUCAAACCAACAGAGGCCGCUCCAACGAUAGUUGAUUGACAUGAGCGUCUUACCUCAGAUCAGCUGUAACAGUCCGGCCUCCAUUGUUUCGAUGCCGGAGCAGAGAUGUAAGUUAGACAAGAAUAUCUCAGAUUGAGCGAUUGAGGUGUUGUGUUGCUGGAUGUAAUGAUGAACAUAGUGGUCGUCAUUUACUCCCGACAUCUGAGCUGCUGAAGAUGCAGUGGAUUACGUUUGUUUGUGAAGGGAAUGCGCCUCCCGAUCUACAUAAAUGCAUCUAUGUUCGCGCAAAUCAUUCGUGAUCCAGCUUCACCGACAGCAGAAGUGAACAUACUUUUUUUUUUUAUGAAUCUCUGCAAUCACCUUUCCAAAUAACGUGCUAGUUAGCAAGUUUCACAGCUAAACGUGCUAAAAGUAAACAAUGUCUUGAAGCAACUCGUCACUCCACAGAGAGAAGAGAGGGGCGGGGCGAGCAGAGCUCAUCUGCAUUUAAAGGAACAAUCCCUCAGAAUGGGAUGUUUUUUGCAGAGCUCAUUUCAACAAGGUAAAAAGGGUGUUGUUUUACACAACCACUGAGAAUUUUUAACUUUAAUUGAUGUUGUGUGCAUUAUUGUGAUGUUUUAUCAGCUCUUUGAACUCGCAUUCUGACGGCCCCCAAUUCACUACCCAUUUAAUUCUUGGGUGAACUAUUCCUUUAAGACCACUUGCAUUCUGUCUGUACUGUUUUUUGACUGUUUGGUCUGUGUAUAUAUUCAUCAGAGGAGCGUAUUUGAAACAAUGAGCAUCGCAUUUUGCAAAUUAAAAUUAAUGCAACUAAAACGUACGUAAUUCAGUUCUAUUCUACAUGGAAGGUAGUAGAUGCAAUGAUUCAGCCAAUGAGUUGUUUCCUUAUUUGUAGUCAAAUGCAAAAAAGCUCAGUAUUUAUAGGUUAUUAUUAGUCCUGAAUGAGUCAGUGCACUUUUUCUGCAUUUUCUGCACUGUUUGGUAGGGGGAAAAAAAUCUGCAUAAUUGUGCAAAAUGGAUAUUUAAAUGAUAAAAUGUGUUUGUCAAUGCACAGAGUACUAUAGUUAAUUUUGUUAAUGACUAGCAUUUUGUGGAAAUCAGAUUCUGUGCAGACCAAGUUUUAGUGAGACGGUAGUAGCCUACAGAUUGUGUUAAAUGAAGAGUUACUGUCUGCUUAACACUACAUGAGUGUUUGACUCACGUUAUGACUCUAAAAUGUACAUAAUCCAUUUGUUUAUUUUGUUCACAUUGUCAGAUUGUGUGUAUUACCUGUAAUGGAUUUUAUAAAAACACAGUUGCUUUUGAAACUAAGGGAAAAUGCACUGCAUGCUUAUUGGAAUAACACUACAUUUUCCCAGUGUGUUCAGCUAUAUGAAGAUAUUUUUGUGAAUCGCUAUGUGGAUUUGGAAAUUAUAACCACUGUGUAAGUAAAGGUGUCACUAGAAUGUUUUUAAAACAUUAACACUGAGAUUUUGCCAGAUUUAAGACCGUCAGAUUCUGGUGAAUCUAGGAAAAAAAUGCCAAACUGGGUAUAUGGGUAAAUUUCAUGUUAAAUAACAUGUCUAGGUUACAUUACAGAAAAAUUACAUUUAGCAUGAAGAAAAUUAGCUUGAUUUUUAACAUUAAGAUAUGUUGCACUGUGACAUUAUUUUCAUGGCAAUUAAGCACAUUUUCCCUUUUAUUUCUCAGUACUGUAAAAAAAUAUGCUACAUGUUAAAAAAAUGUGUUUUAUUCUCUUUCAAUUAUGAUCAUUUUAUUAAAAAAAUGUAUUCAAGUAUAAUUUUUAGUACAGGCAGACUUCUCGGGAAUAAUGUGAAUUGCAACACUGUAAAAAUGCUUUUCUUACUUAGAUUUUUUUUUGUCUUGUUUCUAGCCAAAAUAUCUAAAAAUUCCUAAAUCAAGAAGGAUUUUCUAGACAAGCAAAAAUUAUUGUCUUGUUUUCAGAAAAAAAAAAACAAGUCAAAGUUAAGUGAGUUUUCUGCUUAUUUAAAAAAAAUCUAAAUUUGAUGUCUUUUUCUGAAAACAAGACAAUAAUGUUUGCUUGUCUAGAAAAUCUUUCUUGAUUUAAGAAUUUUUAGAUAUUUUGGCUGGAAACAAGACAAAAAAUCUAAGUAAGAAAAGCAUUUCUUGCAGUGAAAGAACUAAUGGUAAUGGCACAAAUCUUGAUAGUACAAAAAAUAGACUUUUUAAAAUAUUAAAUAUUCAGGGGUUUGAUUAACUGGUAAAAUAUUUACAAUUUAAUUCAAAGUUGAUUUUGAUGAAAGUGUCGGCCAAAUGCAUAAAUAUAAAUGGGCUAUAAUUGGGACAUGUUAUUAUGAGAUUCACCCAUAUAUAUGAUACUGAUUCAUGAAAUAUUUCUGAAAUCAUAGUGUCUUUGCCAGAAAGAUGACAAGAAUGUUUUUCUUUGAUUGUGAAAUGAAUCUGCAGCCUGUAAAAUAGUGGUUUUGUGACUUUUGUAAUAACAGGGUUUGUGAGAUUAUUUGAAACACAAGCUGAAUCCCUAUGGCUGUGAUAAUGCCUUUCCACUAUCCACUUACCUUAUGUGUGUUAUCUUAAUAUAUCAUAAUAUGUUUGUUUUUCGUUUAUUAACAUUUUGGACAGUCUUGGUAAAAGGUAUAAACACUGCAUUUAAACUGGCUUCCAGUGGUUUUGCAGUUCGUGCACAGUGAAACUGGAGAACAGGGACUUUUUAGUAUGAAUUAUUUAAACAUUUUUUUGUCUAGCACUUGUAAUCUAUCUUAAAACUCAUUUUGCUACAGUGCUGACGGGGAGUGCCAUAAAAAUAUUAUUACAUACAUUUUGGCAUAUUUUCUCAAAAUGUCAUAGGAAUAACAAGAUAUUUUGUGUUGCAUUUUGUGGUAAAACCAAUUUUGUAGCAGUUGUAUCAUUCUGUCAUCUUUAUUAUUAAAAUUAUUAAAAGACUAUUAAAAGUUAGAGUUAUUGGUGUGAACGGGCCAUAAAUAUUGUCUCUUAAUACUGACACGCUUGAGAAAAAAAUUGGGUUUAUUUGAAGAAAAUGAUUUUUAACUGGAUCUGCUUUAGCUAUAUUUGUUUGUUUUUAUUUAGUUCUAAUUUCCCUGUUUCUGUGUCAUUUCUUAAUAUUAAUUUUACUUUACCUUAUUUAACAAAUGUAAUAAACACUUCACAUUGUUUCCCAAGAUGGUGGUAUUGGAAACAAUAAAUUUUAUAUGUUUUUGUAUGUGUGGUAAGCCUGUGUCUAUGUCUGUGACUCUUUUCUAUUUCUUAUUAAAAAUAAAGUGAUAUUAA